AUGCUGUUCAGAGACCAGUUCAUGCAAAACGCCAGGGACAACCGGCCGCCCGUGCCGGCUAAGGAUACUCUGGAUUCCCGCAGAGGCUCCUUUUCCUUUGAGGCCCACCCGCAGCCUCAGCAAGCUAUGCCCUUCUCACCGUUGAAUGACCUGGGCUCCAACUUGAAUCCACACAAUCCUUACUUUGCCCAGCCUCUGGGUCUGCUGGGGCCUUACGGGUACCGCUAUUUCGAGAGUGGCAACAGUGUGAAUAACUUUGGUGAGCAACACGAAAUGGCUCGGUUUCCCAGUGGCCAGUUGAGCCCACAUAACCCGUUCGACGAGGAGCUUAAGGACCCGUUUAGGUCUGCGCUGGAGUCUAACGUGGAUGAUGACGACGUGGGUGCUGGCCAGACUAGUGUGGAUGAAAAAUUCAAGAAAAAUGACCGAGCCAGGAGGAAACUAGAGAGAAGGUUGCCUCGCUUCCACUACACCAAGCUUCCGUACUUUACAAUGUUGGUGACGUUGAUUCAGGUGAUUGUGUUUAUUGUUGAGUUGGUGAAAAUGGCCCAGUUCACAGGCUCGGCGUUCCAGACCUCUCCAUACUUUAACCCUAUGUUGGGUCCUUCUACCUAUUUGUUUAUCCAUAUGGGUGCACGUUAUGUCCCAUGCAUGCACAAGCUCGAUGGAAUCACUUCUGAUCCAUCUAUCCAGUUUCCUUGUCCAAAUUCUACUACUGUCGAGACAAAUGUGUGCAACCUAGAUGAGCUCUGUGGCUUGAGUGGGAUUCCUCUAGAUAGCAAUGGCUACCAUCCUGAUCAAUGGUACAGAGUGUUUAUUCCGAUCUUCCUUCACGCUGGUUUUCUCCAUAUUGGUUUCAACCUCCUUCUUCAAUGCACUAUGGGUGCAUCUGUGGAGCGUGCAAUUGGUUUGAUAAAAUACGCUAUCAUUUAUAUCGCCUCCGGUAUCUCAGGCUUCCUUUUGGGUGCAAACUUUGCCCCUAACGGUAUUGCCUCUACGGGUGCUUCAGGAUCGCUCUUCGGUAUCAUUGCCACGAACUUCCUUCUUUUCAUUUAUUGUGGCCGUAAGAAUACCAAUCCUUAUGGCACAAAACACUACAAACUAUUCAUCCUCAUCAUGGUGAUCGAAGUCAUAGGUGCCUUUGUUCUAGGGCUCCUUCCUGGAAUGGACAACUUCAGUCAUAUUGGAGGCUUCUGUAUGGGACUUCUUCUACUGAUACUCCUCCUCCCAGACCCUUCCUUCGUUUACAUCGAUGGAAUCUACACGUACUACGCCGACACUCCUUUGACGAAACUCUGGCUCAAUCGCUGGAAUCCAAUGGACAAAUACAGUGACAAGAUCAAAUGGAAGGUGCUCACUUGGGGUGCCGUUAGAGUGGUGUGUCUCGUUUUGGCCAUUCUAUAUUUUUCCCUUUUAUUCGUCAACCUCUACUCUGAUGAAAUGGAAGAGGGAAAGAAAACGUGCGCUUGGUGUAAGUACAUCAACUGCAUUCCGGUCAACGACUGGUGUGAACAAGGAGAGGUCAGUGUUGAAAACGUUGACAGCUCUGGAAACACCCGCCCGGCCACCACGUCAGCCCCCACCCCAACUGGUCAGUCCUACUCACUUAUGACAAUCACUUCUCCAGGCCAAACGGUUCCUGCCGAGAUCCCCAAUACACAGAAAAGAGACGUUGCCGAAUCUGUUCCCACAAACAUAGUCCAAAAAAGAUUCCACGUCGAAUUGCAAAAUACAUUCAACCCUACACCUCCAACGUUGGGCAACCAAGAACUACCUUUCAGGCCCAGCAUAUGGACAGACUUCACCCUUUUGGCCGUCAUGGCGAUGAUUACGUUCCGACUCAGAACAUCGCCUAUUAUGUUACGGUCUAUCCUUGCUAAAAGGCUGGUUACGUCGAUGAGACUGGCUUUUGGUAUGCGUGGUGUCAGUCCUCAGAUUAUCACGAAGCAGAACGACUUCACGUUCGACCCUAAGACCAAAAUUACUAUCUUAGAUGAAAAGAACUCGGCAGACUAUAAGCCAUUCGACGCAGAGCGUGACAUGCCUGGCUUCAAAGUGGCCCAAUGGAAACACAAGGUGGUGAGAAAGCAAGACCUAGAAGCUUCUUACACUCCCGAGCAGGUGGCUCAGGUUAUGAGUGAAACAUACCAAGAGCUUAAGGGCCAGAGCCCGAGCGACUUUGAGUCCACCAACUUGCACGACCUUCCUUUCAGAUUCGAAUACUGCAAGCUUUUGCAGCAGAAGUUGGGCUUUGAUAUUUCAGAUUAUGCUAUUAGCAGAUCCCACACAUUGGAAGAGUUAUUGGGAGAGGUCAAGAACAUGGUUACCCAGAGAUGGUCCAGCGAGAGAAACCCUAACGCCAUUGUGUUGCGUUCUGAGGACUUUGCCGGUACUCCUAACGUGUACUUGAACAAGGAGCUUCUGGAGGCAGAACAGAAGAAGCUCUUUGAGGAGAAGUUGGCUGAGGUCCAGAAGCUUUAA